CAGAAGAAUAAAUCAAAUAUCACUGAGAAGAGUCAUUUGGAGGCCAUAUUCAAGGAUCUGGAGCACAAAGUCAUCACUCUGUUAAAGAAGGAGCUGAAGAGAUUUAAGAAGCUUCUGAGUCCAGAUUACCCAGCAUGCUCUGAGAGGGAGGUGGAGGCUGAGGUGGAUCAGAGCAGUGUCAGAGAGGGAGCGCUGAAGAUCACACUGCACGUCCUGAAGAACAUGAACCACACAGAUCUCGCUAACACACUGCAGAACAGAUUUGUCGUGUACCAUCGAAAACUCAAAUCCAAACUGAGAGAGAAAUGUAAAAGAAUUAAUGAAGGAAUCUCACAGCAUGGAAGCUCAGCACUUCUGAAUGAGAUCUACACAGAUCUCUACAUCACAGAGGGUGGGAGUGGAAAUGUCAAUAAUGAACAUGAGGUGAGACAGAUUGAGACAGCGUCCAGGAGACCAGCAACACAGGAGACACCCAUCAAAUGUAAUGAGCUCUUUAAAGACAAGUCCAUCAGAAGUGUGCUGACUAAAGGAGUUGCUGGAAUUGGAAAAACAGUCUCUGUGCAGAAGUUCCUUCUGGACUGGGCCGAAGGAAAAGCAAAUCAGGACAUCACCUACAUGUUUCCACUUCCCUUUAGAGAGCUGAAUUUGAUGAAGCAGAAAAAUCUCAAUCUGAUGAAACUUCUUCAUCACUUUUUCCCAGAAAUAAAAGAAUUACAAUUAAUAGACUGUAAUUUUCACAAAGUGAUGUUCAUCUUUGAUGGUCUGGAUGAGUGCCGACUUCCUCUAAAUUUCCAGAACAAUGAGAGUUUGUGUUCUGUGACAGAGUCAGCCUCAGUGGAUGUGCUGCUGACAAACCUCAUCAAGGGGAAUCUGCUUCCCUCUGCUCUCCUCUGGAUAACCUCUCGACCUGGAGCAGCCAAUCAGAUCCCUCCUGAGUGUGUAGACCAGGUAACAGAGGUACGAGGCUUCAGUGAUCCUCAGAAAGAGGAGUACUUCAGGAAGAGGAUCAGUGAUCAGAGCCUGGCCAAUAAAAUCAUCACACACAUGAAGUCUUCACGAAGCCUCUACAUCAUGUGCCACAUCCCAGUCUUCUGCUGGAUUUCAGCCACUGUUCUAGAGAGAAUGUUGGGUGAAGCAGAGAGUGGAGAGAUCCCCAAGACUCUGACUCAAAUGUUCAUCCAGUUCCUGAUCUUUCAGAUCAAACACAAGGACCAAAAGUACCAUCAGAAAUGUGACCCUGUUCCUCAGCAGACCAGAGAGAGUAUCCUGGCACUGGGGAAACUGGCUUUCCAACAGCUGGAGAAAGGAAACCUGAUCUUCUAUGAGGAAGACCUGAGAGACUGUGGCAUUGAUGUCAGAGAAGUGUCAGUGUACUCAGGAGUGUGUACCCAAAUCUUCAGAGAGGAGUUUGGGCUUCACCUGGGGAAGGUGUUCAGCUUUGUACACCUGAGUGUUCAGGAGUUUCUGGCUGCUUUAUAUGAAUUUCUCUCCUUCAUUAACAAAAACAAUGCAACACAUCAAACCUGGUUUGGUCUAUUAACCAAAUCAAACAUGUCUGAUUUCCUGAGGUGUGCAGUGAACAAGGCCUUACAGAGUAAGAAUGGACACCUGGACCUUUUCCUCCGCUUCCUUCUGGGUCUCUCACUGGAGUCCAAUCAGACUCUCUUACGAGACCUAAUGACCCAGACAGGAAGCAGCUCUCACAACAAACAGGAAACAGUCGAGUUCAUCAAGAAGAAGAUCAGGGAGAAUCCAUCUCCAGAGAAAACCAUCAAUCUGUUCCACUGUCUGAAUGAACUGAAUGAUCAUUCUCUAGUGCAGGAAGUACAGCAUUACCUGAAAAGUAAAGAUGACAGUCGUCUCAGUGGAGUCAGACUCUCUCCUGCUCAGUGGUCAGCUCUGGCAUUUGUGUUGCUGAACUCAGACGAGAAUCUGGAUGAGUUUGAUUUGAGGAAAUAUAACACAUCAGAGGAAUGUCUUCUGAGGCUGCUGCCAGUGGUCAAAGCAUCCAGAAAAGCUAAGCUGUGGAACUGUAAUCUCACAGAGGAAAGCUGUAGAGCUCUGUCCUCAGUUCUCAGCUCAAACUCCUCCAGUCUGAGAGAACUGGACCUGAGUGAGAAUUAUAACCUGCAGGAUUCAGGAGUGAAGCUGCUCUCUGCUGGACUGGAGAAUCCACACUGUACACUGGAGAUACUGAGGCUGGAACUCUGCAGUAUUACAGGUGAAGGUUGUGCUGCUCUGGUUUCAGCUCUGAAGUCAAACACCUCAUCACACCUGAGAGAACUGAAUCUGAACCUCAAUGAACCAGGAGAAUCAGGAGUGAAGCUGCUCUCUGAUCUACUCAAGGAUCCACACUGUAAACUGGAGAAACUACAAUUUUAUCCGUAUAAUUUCUGAUCUGAGUCUCACACACGGAGGAUGAUGAGGAUAAACUAUUACAGUACAAAGUGUUUGAAAAACAUUAUCAUUUAGUGAUAAUCAGAUGGUGUACAACAUGUCAGCACUUCUGCUUCUCUAGUUGUUUGUAGAAAUGCGCCAGAUGAGAUAAAUAAACUUUACCUGAACAGUAAUGAAUCUUUUCUCAUUAACAGCAAAACAGAAACUGUUAAUGCACUUAUAAUGUCAUUUAAUAGUUUUGUAUAUACAGUAUGUUCAUGUUUUUCCAUUUACAUGUAGCAGAAGGAAACAUUUAUGUUUAAAACACAUAAUAAAUAUCUUAUAGUAUCAGUUCAAUGCAGUAAUUUGGUCAUUGCUCAAAGUUAUACACUGUUUAUACACUGAGUUAAAGUAAUUUGUUUCCUACUGAAGUUGUUAGAAAAUUAAGUUUAGAAAAGUUUAAUUUAGUUGACUAUGUACAUAAUUAUGUUGUAAUUUAUUAAAAGGUGUGUUUAUAUAUUUUUAAUUGUUUUUAUUUGUGUGUGUGUGUGUGUGUGUGUGUGUGUGUGUGUGUUUGCACCUGAGUCUGUAUCCAUGCUGUAAUAUAGUGCUGUGUUUGACUUAACUUGAAUGGUGAGUGUCAUUUUGGCCUGGAAAAAACAUGCACACCUCCAUGUUCAUCUUUUGUUAGCAAUAAGCUAGCCAGCUAACUCUGAUGAGUGAUGUAUA